CAUCUUCCCACUCAUCCAACCCUCCCACCAAAUUCUCUCUUUUUUUGCAGCUCUCACUCAUGCGCAGUUAGCCAAGAUGGCAGCUCAAGUCCCCACUGAAGCUCUCAAGGAGCUCAACGUGGCCGAUGGCUCUCAGAAGCCCGGCGCAAACACACAAUCAAAGACCGACGCUGCCGGAGACGAUCACGGCGAAGAUGAUUCCGAAGACGAAGCCAACGGCACCGCUCCCGCCGAGGGAGCCGCCAAAAAGAAGAAGAAGAGAAAGCCCAAGAAGAAGAAGAAGAACCCUACCAGCCAGAGCGACCCUCCUCGAGUCCAGGUCAGCCAGUUGUUCCCUAACAAGUCCUAUCCCCACGGAGAGGAGGUUGAAUACAAGGACGAGAACAACUACCGAACUACCGAUGAGGAGAAGCGCCAUCUCGAUAACCUGAACAGCGACUUCUUGGCCGACUACCGUGAGGCAGCCGAGAUCCAUCGCCAGGUUCGACAGUGGACUCAGAAGAAUGUCAAGCCCGGACAGACCUUGACUCAGAUCGCUGAGGGCAUUGAGGAUGGUGUUCGUGCUCUUACUGGACACGCUGGACUUGAGGAGGGUGACAGCAUCAAGGCUGGUAUGGGUUUCCCUUGUGGUCUUAGUCUCAACCAUUGCGCCGCGCAUUACACUCCCAAUGCCGGUAACAAGAUGGUUCUCCAGCAGGAGGAUGUCAUGAAGGUCGAUUUCGGUGUCCACGUCAACGGCCGUAUUGUCGACUCUGCCUUUACUAUGUCUUUCGACAACAAGUACGACAACCUUCUCAAGGCCGUCCAGGAGGCCACUAACGCUGGUAUUCGCGAGGCCGGCAUCGAUGCCCGCGUCGGUGAAAUUGGUGGUGUCAUCCAGGAGACUAUGGAGAGCUUCGAGGUUGAGAUCGACGGAACCACCUACCCCGUCAAGAGUAUUCGCAACCUCACAGGCCACAACAUUUUGCCCUACAGCAUCCACGGAACCAAGGCCGUACCCAUUGUCAAGAGUAACGAUCAGACCAAGAUGGAGGAAGGCGAUGUCUUUGCCAUUGAGACCUUUGGAAGCACUGGCAACGGAUACGUCCGCGACGAUAUGGAGACGUCGCACUAUGCUAAGCGAGGAGACUCGCAGCACGUCGAUCUCCGUUUGAGCUCGGCCAAGUCGCUGCUCAACGUGAUUAACAAGAACUUUGGCACUCUGCCGUUCUGCCGUCGAUAUCUGGACCGUCUUGGCCAGGACAAGUAUCUACUUGGACUCAACAACCUGGUCAAUGCUGGUAUCGUCGAAGCGUACCCGCCCUUGUGUGACAAGAAGGGCUCGUACACUGCUCAGUUUGAGCAUACCAUUCUGAUUCGACCCACCGUGAAGGAGGUCAUCAGCCGUGGAGAUGACUACUAGACGGAUCUACUACUAUGUCAUGGAGCGGAUUGUGAGAUGGACUCUGAAAUAUGACUCUCCUCUUUCGACACGAACAAGUUUGACUAUGUAAAUAAACACAAAAUAUGAUUUACGUUAGGAAUAUAUGGCAUUAUGGCAUAGCCAACUACGUAUGAAGACUUGUAGAUUGGUUUAUGGCAUAAAUGAUGCAGCAUUGCAGCGGCC